GGUAGACAAAAUUAUAUAUAAAACUGUGUUUACUAAGCUAUUGAAUGAUUCUAUUCAAAAAUAUUCUUUUUUAUUUAUUAAAAACGGCAGCAGUAAUUCCCGAAUUUUUUAGAAUAGUAGUACUUUUCUAUGCGGUAUUUAUAAAUGAUCAUUGUAAUUCUCUUGGUGUUGAAUUGUAACCUAAAAGUAUAUCCAAUUGAAAGUUUUUUCCGUUUUUUAUUAACAACAAAAACGAAAGUUGCAAAUUAAAAAAUAAUAAUAUUCACAUAUGGUUUGUGGAGACCAUUUUUGGAGACUAGUUUAAGGGUAAAAAUAUAGUGUGGCAAGGCUUUGUAGAAGUAUAUCGGGAGUUUGCUCUGUGGAAAUAAAUUCAAUAGGAGAAGUUAAAAUUGGUUAAAUAUUUAAUUAAAACUAUUUUCAAUACAUUAAAAGAUAUUUAAAAUACAAAAUAAUUGUUUCUACAUGAUUUCGAUUUGAAGAUCGGUGAAAAAAGUAUGUUUUUGAGGAGUAAAUGAAUAUUGAAAAUUCUUAAUUUCAUCUAGUUCGCGUUUACUUUUAUGUGCAGUCGUUCUAUAAAAUUUCCGUCUGUGCGUGUGGUGGGUGUGAGCGGGAUAGCAAAAAUGUGCGUGCGUGCGUGCGUAAAAGGUGCCAAAGUGGAAUUGAAAUACACAAAAUGGAUGAAUAAUAAAAUUAAGAAAAUAACCAUUGAAAAAAGUACUGCAAAUAUGCUUACGAUCGCAAACAAUUAAUUUAAUUUUAUGACAAAUUUUAGUUCGUUGUCACUGAUAUCAGUGACAUAUAAAGGCUUGUCCUCUGCCACCUUUUCUCGUAGUUACUUAAACUUUGUUUUAUCAAGUAGUUUGCUUGGUCGUUUCAUUCUUAAAUACAUACAAGCGGACGGUAGAUAAUGCAAAAUGUAGGAUUGUGUGGAAAGAAAAUUGCAAAAAUAAAAGAUGCCUACAAAAAUAUCUUAAAUGCUGAACUAUCAGAACUAUUAUUAUUAGUAAAACCCACUCCAAUUUUGUUUUGACUAGUGUCAUGAUAAUGGUGGUAAAAUAACUAUUAUAUAAGUAUUAAGUGCUUAAAAAUUAAUAUAGAUCGAAUCAGGCAUUGAAGAAAAAAAUGCAAAUUGUAUUUUAACAUUUCUUUCCAAUACAAACUUGUAAUUUUUGGUAAAAGUUUUAAAGUAGAGAUCAAAUCAGAUAAAUAAUAAAUAUUAGUUGUACGCUGGAUGGCAACCUUUUAAGUCUGCAGUUGUCGCAUUUUCCAAAUCUGUACUUUCCACCGGCUUCGCUGUUUUUGUCUAUGCACUAUUUCUCCAAUGCAUGUUAUGAAGUGAAAUAUACGACAGGGACAAAUAGUGCAACUAAAGAAUAAUUUUGCAAACGUGUGAAUUGAAGUUGUCCAAGAGCGUAAACGAAACAGGGGCCAAGUAAGAAAGGGAGAUCCGAUAACUACGAGACGAGAAGUAUGUGUGAGUUGAAGGAAAAUUUAAGAGAAUAUUAACAAAGAUGAACCAAGUCAAAGAAAAGGAAACCAAAAAACCAACAAGAAAGAUAAAAUAAAAGGAGACAAUGAAACGAAUGAACCUCUGAGUUUUGUAUGAUUGGAAGUGUUUAAGAUAAAAGAUCGUUGUGUUUAAUUAAAUGUGAAGAUAUGAGAAAAUUUAAAGCUAAAGGCAAUAAACUAAACGAAGUAACAGAACAUUUUGACAAUUUGGUCACAAGCGAUUCGAGGAGGUUACUCGUCGUGUUCGGCCCAAAUGUGUGUAGAAAGUGUAGCAAGGUGCGCGGUGGUGUAGAGCAGGACAGGGCAGAGAAAAGCAAAUAAAUGAAGGCACAUCAAAAUGUGAAUAAGAGUACGGAGUAAAGUGUGAAAAGUGAAAAAUUUGCACAAUAAAAUUUCUUAAAAAAUCAAUAAAAAUACAAGAAGCAGAAAGUCCAGUUAAAAUAUUUGUGAAUAUAAAAAAUUAUCAUGCGCAUCUAAAGAAUAAUCGAUUCUACAACGGGCGCUACAAGCAACACAAGUUGUAAAAAAGAAGAAAGAGUUUUUGGUGUCAUCGAUUUUGCCAAUCAAAGGAUUUUGAACAGCUUUUUCAUUUUUCCAAUACGAUUACAUAGUCCAAUAAAAGUUUGCGUUGGACCCGCCGCCAAUAAUGCAUUUGGAGCGUGUUCGCAAAUGGUCUUGGAUCCAAUAAAGGGUCUUAAGCACCAUAACACAAUCCAAGGCAUUAGUCUUUGCGUUGGCGUAGGCGGGUACUGCGCUGAGCCUUCAUUCAAAGCACAAUAUGGACCCGCAUGAAUUAAAGCCUCCAGGGCCGGGUUUAUUAUCAAAUAGCACAACUAAUGCAGCGACCAGCGGUCAGCAGCAACAAUUAGGAGGAAGUGGGGAGCAACUAAAUCUACCUCCACCAUCACCCCAAGCAAGUGGAACUAGUGGAAUUAAUGGUGCAAUUGGAUCAUUAACAUCUGUAUCCUCUGCAAGUGGAUCUGUUGGUAGUUGUGCUAACAAUGUUAACAUCUUCUAUAGCAAUGUUGCUGCAUCGCAUCAACAACGGCCAUCUCCAAAUAAUACUAAUCUUGAUGGUGAUUCCGAUACAGAAUCUUUAGCCACCAUGUCGGCAAAAGCUAAGGCUGCAGCUGCAGCUGAACAAAAUCACAAUGUCUCGGCAACUAAUGGGCACAAUAGUGGGGCAAACACAGGAGUUAACAACCUAAGUGUAAAUGCCAAACAACAAAGACAACAAAAACGACGGCGCGAAAGAGCACAAAGAUUGCAGGCGGAACGAGAAAAUCGUUUUGCCAAUACUGUUAAUAAUAUCCCAAAUAGCGGUCUAUUGUACCACGCCAGUAGCGCAGGCAGCAUGGGCGAGGACAGUAAUAACUCGAACGGGAACUUUACGAGCAGUAGUAACGGCAGUAAUAACGUAAUGCCUCCAACUGAUAGUAUUGCGUCGUUACUACUCAAUCCUCCGCACUCGCCUGAAUGUAAUUCUGGUUUAAUGGCUACUCCAAGCGAUAGUGAAGGAGAAUCACUAGACGAAGAUUUACUCUCAACUUCAUCUUCUUCCACUUUACUAUUACCCCGCGAUAAGCCUCCACCGAGGCCGCCACCUCCGGUUCGACGAAAAUUGCCUCGAUCACCUGUCCUGGAAGAAGAAAUAAUUGAUGGUUUCGCAAUACUGGAAUUCAAGUCUUAUGAAGACCUAGAGUUCGCGAUAAAGUUGGGGCAAAAACGAAAGGAGAAACGAUUAUCAGCGUUGGAGGAACUAACUUGCACAUAUAGCAUUGAGGAGACCAAAAUGCCAAAGAUUAUUGAUACAGGUCAGCCUCAUCCAAUACGCGGAAGUGGUGCCCUUAACCUGCCAAUGAAUAAUAUAAAGGAUGGAAGUAAUAAUAUUCGUCUACAUAGCGGCAAUGGGAACAGCACUAAUUGUCAUCCAGCACAAACCGUUACAUCAUCUACAGCUGUGACAGUGCAAGAUCCUCCGUUAGAUGUUAUUGCGCCACCAUGGAAAAGCCAAUAUCAAAAUUCUAAUAAUAAUAACGUUGGAAGUCAUAUAACUAAUAUAAAUCAAAAUACUAUCAAUUGCAGUAGUGUGAGUGGUAAUAUUAUUAACAACACACAAAUCAAUACUGCUCCACCAACAACAAUGAUAUUAAACCACAAUGGCAACAAUAGUAGUAAUAGCAAUAAUAACAGUGAUGGCGCCGGAAGUAGUAGUAGUAGUAGUAGUAGUGGUAUUGCUGAAACAACCUCUAGCAACAUUAACAAUACAGAUGAGGAUGCUGUUAUGACAUCAGUUGAUGCAACAGAUGAUUGUCGAAGCGUUUUGAUUGCAAUGGAUAGUGGAGCGUCAUCUGGUAGCUCUACAAUGACCGUGAAUCCUAUAAUCGACAAUGCUUCCAAACCUAAAGAAAACAAUACAAAUAAUUCCAGAACAAGUACUGUAACUACCGAUGCCUCGAAUGUCACAUCAGUAUCGUCGCCAAGUUCUACAUUCUCAGUGCCACCACCAGCAUCUCUGGUGACAGCCAGUGCUUCUACUUCGUUAUUAGAGAAGUGCAGCAGCAGUAGUGCGUUGGCGAACAGUACAACACAAGUAAUUCCAGCGGAACCGCCAGCACCAAUAAGUGAUGGCUAUCGCAAUGCAAUGCAUUUAGAAAAUGUUAAGAUUGGUUCAAACACAUCAUCUGCGAAUAAAUCAUCCAUGGAUGUAGCUUUUGGUAGUAACAGUGGAUCCAAUUCAAAACAUACAAGUCAUUUUAUAAGUAUGACAUCCAAUGUAUCAAACACCACACAGUUAGGGAACAGUAACAACAGCAGUAGCGGUGAAUUGGCAACAGAUAUGCGAGGAUCAGGCUCAACGGCGACGGCAUCUGCGACGGUUGCGGCAGCAUCACAGCAGUCUGUGCCGAAAAUUGCUCAGCCAACACCAACUAAAGAUGAAGUAUUUGAUCGCAUACGCGACGCGGGCGUCACAUGCAAAAGUAUUGGGAUGGGGCUUAAUAUCUGUGAUAAUGAUGAAAACAAGGGCUCUGAAAGGUUGGGACCUAUAGUUUUUCCAUCAACUCCUACUCAGCACAUCGCAAAUGCGACACCGAGUCCAACCACUCCACGUAAAUCAUCAGAUUAUCCACAGCAAGCGACAGGUGUCAGCAUCAAAAGUGAAAACAAUGAGAGUUUUCCAGCGCCAAUGGUCUCUGCGGUGGCUGGGGUGGGCCCGACAAUUGGUGGUGUGGGUGGUGGAGUCGGGAGCGGAGUUCCAGGAAUGUCCCCAGUUGCGAUGGCGCAACAGAAUAAAGAAAGUGUUCCAUUGGGAAAGAAUAGUAGUCAAACUAUUGUUCAUUCAGUCGAUGGAAUGCCACCUGGAUCGGGUGUUCAUUCACCGAUGGUUCAGACAGCAAGUUCAAGUGGGCCUCCAACACCUGUACAUACGGUUACAAUUACUAAUGAAAAGACACCGUCUGGUUCAAGUGCGCAGCAACAAAUGCAACAACAGCAGCAGCAACAUCAACAAUUGCAUUCACCACAACAGCAACCAACGGUGGCAGGCGGUCAACUUCAGCCAAAUCCGCCACCUUCUUUCUCCACUCCAUCGCACCAGAUAUCUGCGGAAACCAGAAAUUUGGUCCCAUCCUCGCCUGCAGCCCAACAUAUUGACAGCCCAUUUGCUUCAAAGCUAGCAACAAAUCCAGUUGGCGCACAUCUGGUUACGUCGCCAAUCAAUGCCUCAAUUCACGGAAAGAAUUUACCACCCACACAAGGUAACGGUGUACAAUCUUCGGUAGCACAGAUUUCAAUGAUGCCGGCACCAAUUACUACUACGGUGACAUCGGCGUCGGCAAUCGGUGGCUUCGGAGUUAACAGCAGACUAGGACCUGCACCACCUAUGCACCAUUUACAAAGUGGAUUUUCUUCCGUACAAGCUACUAGUUCUAGUGUGGGUGUAAAACCGAUAGACGUGACAGGUACAACGGAUGUGCCAAUACCAAAAAGUAUUGCCGCACCACCACCUGUGAUGAAUGGCUUCCUACCCGCUUUCAUGCCAGGUAAUGCAUCAACGCAAAAUAAUGUUCGUAUUUCACCACACAUGGGUCAUAUGGCACCAGUAACUAGCGGUAUGCCGCCUAUCUCUGUUGUGCCCAUAACAUCGACUUCGACUGCACCUAUAACGGGUAUUCCAGGAUCUGUUACGAAUUCGAAUGUGACAAUGUCUUUGCCAGUUACAGUGGCAUCCUCGUCAGCAUCAAUGACACCUGUAACCAUGUCCAGUAUGCCAAAGGGUCCUUACGUGGUUAGCGCAGCACCGGCAAGCACAAUGUCAAGUAGUGCGGCAGCUCCCAAUCAUGGCAUGUUUGUGCAAGCCAAUCCAGCAAUUGCUUUAUCCGGUGCACCACCAAUGUUGGGUGGUGUGCCUAACGGUAUUGCACCAAUGCUGAUACAUUCACCGUAUCGUACGCCGUACCCGGGUUAUCCAUUAUAUGCGCCAUACAGCGGUCUGCCUCACAGUCCCUAUCUGCCACCGGCCGUGCCAUCACCCAAUGCAUCUCCUCGUACAAUUGAUACACGUACGGGCAGAGAAAUACAAUCGGUAGCUCCUUCGCCUAAAGUGAUUUCAACCGGCAUGCGUCCGGUGACUCCAGUGAGCAGCUCAACUGCGGCCUCGGCGGCGCCAGUUAGUUGUAGUGGCGGCACAACGAUUGCCGCACCGCCACCGCCGGCUACUUUAUCGUCGGUUCAGAUGCCAAUGUCGGGUUUACCACCAGGUUCAGUUCCAGGUCCUGGUCUACCACCAGGUCAGCAGACUACGCAUCUACUGCAUCAUAUACCUUAUGGAGCAAAUCCACAUGGACCGCCACAAUCAGUGCCAAGUAGUGCAGGAUUCCCAAUGAACAUUGGAGCGCCAAAUAACAGUCAUAUUUACAGUAGUGGUGCCCAUAGUAGCGGCAAUAACACGAAUACUACAACAACUGCUUCAGUAGCAAAUGCAACGGCUUUAAGCAGUAACAGUAAUAACAGUGGCAACAGUAGUAACGGUGGUCACUCUAGUGCUAGUGGUGUGUCUAUAGGCGGCGGAAAUACAACAAUGCAAUUACAACGGGGUGAUAGUUCCCAUUUACUACCACCUCCACCGCCACAUAUGCUUUCUCAUCCCAACCUACCGCCGCCGCCCAGCCAUGUGGCGGGAGGUCCGCACAUGCCCCCCAUACCACAUAUGCUAAUGCAUCCACAACAUGGAAUGUUGCGCGGCAUUUCUCCCAGUACUGCCAACACGAACAGCAGUAAUAAUUCUGCACUACCGUUAAUUGGUGGUCCUAGUUCUUCAUCUGUGAUUCAGAGAGUUAUCUCCCCGAAAAGUGAAAAUCCCAGCAGAGAGCGUGAUAUUGCGUACAGUAUACCGCGCUCAGCGUCAUCUAUCAAUACUCACAGCAGCGCCAGCAACAGUACACCAACAGGUGCUCCACCAUACAUGACAACUGCAGUUAGCAGCAGUAGUGUAGGGUCAGCCAUGCCGGUACCCUAUAGUAGUAACACGGUUUCCGCUUUGCAUACAAUGCAUUCGCAUCCAACAACCACCAUGGCAUCGCCACAUCAACAUAUUUCCACACCGCCUAGUCUGCCCUAUCCACCAAAAAACACAUUAUGGCCCAGUUCAUCGCUGCAAUUAACACCAUCAACGUCGGCGACGAUCAGCACGUCAUCAACAUCAAGUUUGGCAACACGGCCAACACCGCCGCCGGCGCAACCGCAAUCGUCACUGAACGUAGCUAGUGCGACGGCGGCUUCAAAUGCUGCGGCAGCUGCUGCUGCUUCUAUGCCUGCAAAUUCAGCUUCUCCCCAAACAUCGCACUCUGCCUCUGGAGCCGUUUCUACCUUUCAGCCAUCAUUUUUCAUUACUCCAUUGCCACCUCCUCCACCCACAGUGUCUGCGUCAGCGAUGAGCAGUAGCGCAACAACACCAUCUGCAACGAUGGCGGCCUCUUCGGGAGCUGGCACGAUAGUUGCACCUGGCGCAGCGUCUAUUGGUGCUGUAAUAUCAUCAUCUUCAGUAUCCGCUUCGCAAACGACUGUGACAACAGCAACCAGUACGCCAGUAACAACAUCGGCACCGCAUCCCUUCUCAGCUGAAUCUCUAUUUCAAACUAGCAAAAAUGAUCAAGCCGAUCUGUUGAGGCGUGAAUUGGACAGCAGGUUUCUCGAUCGUUCUGGUUUGGCUGUACAACCGCCGGCACAACCACCACCUUCCACGUAUUUGCGUCAGGAGCUGCACCAUCAUCAGCACCAACAUACACACCUACAUCAGCAUCAACAGCUUAUCCCAGCCGCUUUGCCGGCCGCACUACCAGCUGCACCGCCCCCAGCACCGGCACCUAUCUUCCCGCAAUUAUUCAAAGACAUUCCAAAAAUUGCGGCAGUGGAUACGCCGUUUUAUCGCACCGGUAUUGGUUUACCUGGCUAUCCGGGAUAUAAUUCAGGAUUGUUACAUCCAGGGCUAGGCGGAGCAACGCCUUUUAUGCCGCCUGGUCACUUAACUUCAUUCGCUCCAAAGCCGCCACCGCCAUCGUCGCCCUCCGCUAACACCAAUGCCACGAACUCAAACAAUCCACCAACGAAUCUUGAUUCCUCUAAAUCUGCGAGGUUUACGAAAACUGGUCGUUGGAAUGCCAUGCAUGUGCGUAUCGCGUGGGAAAUUUACUAUAAUCAAAACAAGCAAAAUCCUGAUAAGUUGGCCAAUACGCAGCUCGGUGGGGGAAAUCCAGUGGGCGUAGCACAAGGUGGUGCUACUUCUUCUUUAAGUGCGGCCAGCACUGUUGGACCAUCGCCUUCAUCAGCAGUAACGUUAAGCGGCCUUAAAACAUCGCCAGCGCUGUCGUUGAGUUCCGCUUCACCACAUUUGCUGCAUCGUCCUGGUGACUUGCCACCCGGAGCUAUGGCGGCCUAUGCGGGCGCUUUGCCCGGACGUUCGCCAUUUGAAACAUCGCCAUUAUCGACGAGUUUCAUAGGAGCACCACCCAGUCAUAUUGGCACUGCAGUGUCACCAUACGGACGUUAUGCUGCACCUUUUGGUUUCGGUCUAUCGCAUUUCGGCUGUGAAACGUGGCGACCGCUGCAACGUACUGUCUCUUAUCAUCCUGGCGCUACCAGUUCUCCCAUGUGGCCACUCAAACCUGAUCCGGCACUGGACAAUGCUCGGCGUGAGGCGGAGGAACGUGAACGUGAGCGCGAAAUGCGUGACCGGGAACAACGUGAACGAGAACGACAACGUCGUGAACGUGAAGAGCGCGAACGUAAAGAAAAGGAAGAGAAAAUGAAACGUGAACAGCAAGAACGUGAGCGCGAACGAGAGCGUGAACGGGAGCGUAAAGAACGUGAACGCCGUGAAUUGGAACGACGAGAGUUGGAGCGAGAACGCAUGUUGCAGCAACAACGCAUAAACGAGAGCAACAAACUAUCGCAAGCCGCAGCUGCUGCUGCUGCUAUGAACACAACGCAACGUGAUCGUUCUCCACAUCGCAACAUCAACGAUCAGCUGGGCGGGCCCAGCGUUGGCGAGAUACGUAUCAAAGAGGAACACCCGCGCACCAAAGAAGAACAAGACGCAAUACUCAUGCGUGCUUCAGCAGCUGCAGCCGCGGCGGGCGACGCACGUUAUCAUCAAUCCAUAGCGGUGGCGCAAGCUAGUGCGGCGGCUGCCGCUCAUCAUGCAUCAUUUAUGGCCGGACGACAUGGACCACAUGCCGUAGGACCACCACCACCGCCACAUCUCGCGCGUUCAAUGAUGCCACAAGCAUUAGGCGGACCACCAAUGACACAUUUCGGCCCACCCGGUCCACCCGGUUGGCCAAUGGAUCCCUACCGUGAUCCAUAUGCACCAAUGCUACGUUAUAAUAUAAUGGAGGCGUUACGUCACGAAGAGGAGCGACACAAAGUCGCCUUAAGUAUGUAUGCGGCGCAGUCAGCUGCACAUCUACGCGGUAAAGAGCCCAGCCCCAUACCGCCGCCGACAGUGGGCGGUCCUUUAGGGCCACCGCCGCCACCACCACAUCAUCGUAUUCAACAGUCUCCACAUCAUCAACAAACGGGUAGUGUGCCACCGCCACCGACGAUCAUCGGCAAGCCUUCGACGCUUGGCGGCAUGCCACAUCCGAUUGCCGUCGAUGGCCAUCACCCCACAAAGAAGGAAGACGGUGGUCCGAAUGUAGGUGUUAGUGGUAUGCAAACAGCGCCGUCGCCAUCAGCAUCGGGUCGAUGAUAAAUAACAACUUAUACAUAAAAUGUAAAGUUGACAAACGGUGGUUGAAAGUUGCAAAAUUUUGCUAAUAUUUUUGUAAAUGUGUUUUUAUUUUGUGCAAAACUUGAUUGCUUUAGCUACAGUUACUUUUAAUUCUUGGAUAUAAUUUAAUGUGUAGCAGCUUGUAUAAAGCCGAACCUGGUAUAUAUGUAUGUAUAUACCAUAUAUACGCAAUAUUUAUUCAAAAGUAAUGCAAGUGACGUAUAUGCAGCAGAGGGAUGUAACUAUUAUAAAGACUUUUGAAUAUCUUUCUUAAAAAAUAGCGAUAUUCUACGAAGCAAUUCGUAGACGUUUGCAACUGUAUAAAAUUUAAUUUUAUUGUAUAAAAUAUUUAAAAACAAAUAUAAUAUUAGCAGGUGAUAUGUAUAUGAGAGGAAAAGUGUGAAAAAGCAUACAUUAAAUUUGUCAACAUACAUACAUAAAUAAUAACAAAUCGCAGACUCGAACUUAUGCAUACUCGAUAUAUCUUAGUGGUAAAUAAAACUUAAAGUAAAAAUCCAAAUUGACAAGUUGGCGGACAUACAGACAGCAUGUAAGAUAUUAUAGGCGACCUGUCGAAUUGCGGCGAUUACAAUUAGACCGACUUUAUAUAUAUAUAAACAUACACAAACACAUACACAUACAUAUUUACAUUUGUACGUACGGACACUUAACAUGUGCAAGGAAAACUUUCAGAAAACAAAAACGGGAGACCAGUUAGUUUGUAAUUGUAUUAAAAUUGGUAGUACAUACGUAGGUUUAUAUACAUUCAUAUAUAAUAAAAUGCAUAAUAAAAUUUAAUUAGUACGUAAAUCGUGAGCACAGAACCCCCGUGUAUCCUUUCCACAUCCGCUAAUCCAAAAAUUUCCACCAUCUACCUAAUGUAUGUCCAUAACUGCACCUAAAACAAAGUAUAUAUACACAUAAAUAUUUAGAGCAUUUGUAUUAUUUGUAUAAUGAUGGUAUAAAGCAACAAAUUAUAUAUUAAAUUUAUAAUUACAAAAUUAUUAAACUUAAGUAGCUUUACAUUAUUUAUAAAAAAUCCAAAAUAAACUAAAAAUUAAGAGGAAAGUGAAUGAGUAAGAUACAUACACGCAACACGAGAAAUAUAACAAAUAAAAAAGUAAAAA